CAGUACAGUGUGGUGACAUCGUCCAGGGCCACGAAGUUGGGUAGCAAGCCUCGUAGCUACCAACAACGACCGACAGCCCCCGUGCUGGUCAAGCAUGUGUUCACCUCAUCCCAGGGCAUUCCAGUCACCAUGGCGGUGCUGCCCCACGCUCAGCCCCACAGCAAUCCCGAGGUGGCAGAAAGUCAGAUGGGGCACUACGUGUUAGUCCAGAGGACAGGCGCUCAGGUGCGGAGGUCCAACAGUGCCCCCGCCUUCCAACAACGAGAAUCUGGGUGGUGUGGGAGGGCGGGGGCGGCCUGCGAGCGUGGGGAGGGUGGAGUGGUGGCCCCCGGAUCCCAGCGGGGUGGUGGGGGUGACUCACCCACCCCCGGCUGCUACCCCAACAAACACAGCCUCCGCUCCGCCGACUGUCACUGCAGCCUCAAGGCGAUGAUCGCCUGCAAGAAAUGCGGCGCCUUCUGUCACGACGACUGCAUCGACCCGUCGCGCCUCUGCGUCACCUGCCUCAUACGAUGAGUAGUGUCCCUGUAAUUAUCGUUUAAGUUUGAACGUUGCGUAGUGUUUAGUGAGGGCGAAACAAGAAAAAUUUGUUGAACUUUUCUGUUGUAGUUUUUAAAAAAUCAGUUUUUUUAAAUAGUACUUUAAUCAAUCAAAAGCUGUGUAUCCUAGUUCCUUUCCAAAAUCUCAUGUGUGUUGUUUCUUAUUACGU